AUGGGUGUAUAAAAUUUAAAAAAAAUUAGGAAAGAAAAAUUAAAUGAUUUUUUUUUUUUUUUACCCACAGGCUGACAUAAUCCUGGGAUGGAGAGCACAGUCAGUGGAUGGGUGGAGGAGGUCACCAACCAUUCAUGUGCAACACUGCACAUCGACAUAAAUGGAAAUAACACAGAUUACGUCUUUGAAGUGGCCUUGCAGAACAGCUCCUCCAAGCGCAGCUCCCAGUUUGUGGGUGUGGAGCUGCUGCAGUCCUUCAAGUUGCUUAUCAUCCCCUUUUACACCCUGGUGGCCUUGGUUGGCGUUUUCGGGAACUACCUGCUCCUCUACGUCAUUUGCUGCACACGCAAGAUGCACAACGUCACCAACUUCUUCAUCGGAAACCUGGCCUUCUCCGACAUGCUAAUGUGCGCCACCUGCGUCCCCUUCACACUGGCCUAUGCCUUUAAUCCACGUGGCUGGGUGUUCGGGCGAUUCAUGUGCUACCUGGUUUACCUCAUCCAACCUGUGACGGUAUACGUGUCAGUCUUCACUCUCACUGCCAUUGGUGUGGACAGAUACUAUGCUACGGUUCACCCUCUGAAAAAGCGUCUCUCCGUCCAGGCUUGCACCUACCUUCUGUCUGGGAUCUGGCUGCUCUCCUGCAGCCUGGUGGCUCCAGCGGUGGCCCACACCUACCACGUGGAGUUUAAGAACGAGGGCUUCACCAUCUGUGAGGAGUUCUGGAUGGGACAGGAGCAGCAGCGGCUAGCUUACGCCUACAGCACACUGUUGAUCACGUACGUCCUUCCACUGUCUGCGCUGUGCAUCUCAUACCUGUGCAUUUCCGUCAAACUUCGCAAUUGCGUCGUACCAGGACACCACACUCAAAGUCAAGCGGAGGCCCAGCGCAUGCGCAAACGCAAGACCUUUCGCCUGGUGAGCCUGGUGGUGGCAGCGUUUGGCAUUUGUUGGAUGCCCAUUAGUGUCUUCAACGUCCUGAGAGACAUUGACAUCCACCUGAUCGACAAGCGAUACUUUCUUCUCAUUCAGCUCCUCUGUCACCUGUGCGCCAUGAGCUCUUCCUGCUGCAACCCAUUUCUAUAUGCUUGGUUGCACGAUCGAUUCCGCGCCGAGCUGCGCAAAAUGUUCACAUGUCGUCGCCGCAUCGGAAUCUCAGGGAACAACUGCGCCACAGCCGGUGUGGUUUUGUGAAGAAAUUGUAUUUAUUUAAUGUCACAUUUGUGCAGUAAAGAACUGAGGUACCGAGGGCCCAGCAAUCAUGCUGUUACAUUGCCCCCUGCAGGGGUGCAAAGUAAUACACUGACAGUCAUGGCGAACACAGUACCAUUAUGCCUUGUUAUUUUUAAUUUCAUUCAAUUAAUUUAUUGAUAUUGCUAUUAAUUUAUAAAUAUUGUCAUAUU